AUGCCGUACAACACUCGACGCAAGUCGCUUUCUUUGCCAUCUCUGGGAAUUCACGUACCUGGAAGCCAUGCCCAUCGCAGUCCCGCCACCGCCAGCUCAAAUCGGAACAUCUCUGAGUGCACACCGAGUCGCAUCACCAUCAUACCCCCCGUGACACUACAAUCGAACAAGCGACAGAAGCGAUUCCAUGGUGACGAGACUCAACGCAGAGGAAACUCGCUCAAGCGCCCCGACGAGAAAAGCAUGCUGGAGCACACGCCACCGCCAUCCCCGACGGCUGAGGAUGUCAAGAUCGGAGACUGUGGCAACACAAUAUCAUCAAUAAACAUCAAGCUGGAAGGGAUUAAUGACGAGAUUGUGGAGGCCGUCAUCGUCCAACUGCAGGCGACCGCGAACAGGCCCCAUCUGGUUAAGGAGCUGGCGACUGUCUUGUCGCAGCAGUUGCCUAUCGUCCAACACCAAGGAGUCGGAAACGGUACAUCCUCGCAGAACUUACUUUUACCUCACAACCUGCCCGAGACGGCCCCUUCCCGACUCAACAAUGCCACUCCUCGUUCAGCGGUCCGUCGUCUCUCCAUCAUUGUCCAGUGUAGCAUCUGGGUCUGA